UUUGUUUUUCCAGACAGGGUUUCUCUGUGUAGCCCUGGCUGUCCUGGAACCUGCUCUGUAGACCAGGCUGGCCUUGAACUCACUGAAAUCUGCCUGCCUCUGCCUCCCAAGCGCUGGGAUCAAAGGUGUGCACUACCACUGACUGGUGAUGUCCAUAUUUUUGAGGCAACAAAUUUUGUGGUUUACAUUCUAGUGGAAAAAGACAAUACACUGGUAAAUAAAUAUCAGACUCCAGAGCUGUGGUAAGCAAAGAAGUGAUGGGGUAUGGCAGUCAUAUGUGGGGAUGCAGCACUUGUUUGGAAGCUCCCUUCAAAGGCACAAAUGGAAUCUUCCAAGAAAUUUUUAACUAAAGGUUUAAUUAAAAACAACAACAACAACAACAUUACUUUGUGUGUCUGACCUUCCAUCAGUUGGGAAUCUAGGGCUGGAGCUCAGUCUUGACUGUCUGCAUCUUUACCCUCGACUGUCUCCCUGGCUCCAUAUAUAAUACCUAUUGAGUUUCUUGCUCUUCUUCUGAAUACUAAUUGUUUUUCAUAAGUGCCUUUACUAAUGUUUGUGUUUAAGAUAUGCCUUCUAAUUUAAGCAAACAUUUCUUAGUAAUAUUAGCUAAUAUUAAAACUUUCAGUACUUCUGCCCAAUAACAUCAAAUAAUGGUCAAAAAAUAACUAUACCUGAAAUAAAAUUGUCUCACUGGAUAGGUCCUAAUGAGUUUUCCAGACAGAUCCCGAUACUUCAUAGAUAAAACUAGUGAAAAGAAAUUGCCAGAGUGUGAUCUACCCAGAAGAGGAGGCUAUAGCAGGAUGGAUCAUGGGCUGAUAACCAUAGCAGUGAAAGGGCUCUGCAGAGACAGAAAGGUCAUGCACUUUCAGCAAGCGACCAACCAGCAAGGCUGGGAAAGCCUUCCCCAGCACACUAGCUCUUUGAGACAUGCUGCCACCAUCUGGGCAGUAGGCAAUUUUUAAGUCAGGGAUUUUAGUUAUUAUCAAUUAACAAUGACAGACUCAAAAAACAUCACUUGGUGAACAAAGCAAUUUUGAAAAGUCUCUGAGCAUGAGGAGUGAACAAUGAUUUUGGUGAGGCAUGUUUAGAACUCUGCCUUUACUGGUUCCUUAUCUGUAAGAUCAGUAUAAGAACACAACCUUUGAUGAGUGACUUAGUCUCAGGAUUAGCGACAGUAUUUGAGAAACACUGACCUGCGUACUUGGUACACAGAAAGUACUCAAUUGAUGUUUAAAAAUUAUUAUUCUUCAGUAUGCCCUUCAAAACAUAAUGAACACAAUUAAUUCUUAAAGUUACAAAUAUGCUUACUAACAAAUCCAUUUGCAUUGUGCUUUGAUGAAAAGCAAAGGAAAGAAAAUAAAACGUUAUGAAAUAAAGUCUCACAGAUAAAAAACAAUUCCAUUAAAAGAAGUGGAAUAUGUAAAGAGGUACUGUAGGGAAAUAAGCCUAAGUGCAGGUGAGAGACCUUUCAGCACCUUUUAAUCAGAGCAAAUAAUUACAUUACUACAGUAGACUCUUAUUCAGGGCACACUCCUUUCACAUGGCUAUAGAGCGAGAUUUAACUUUAUACUUACAAAGGUAAAAAGACUAAAAACCCAACAAAUGAUGAGUCGGCUAGGCACUACCUUCUCAAGAGAAAAACAGAACAACAAACCUCCAGUUUUUAAGGCUUCCUGUAACAGCAAACAUUGUGCAGCCCUGCCUUCAAUUCAGAGUUCUCUUCAUGGGUGUGUUGUUUUAAUCUUGAACACACAGCUCUUCCUAGUCUGGUCACCUAUAGGAACUACCCUACCUCCUCUCAAACUCACUGUGUGCUGAGGAAGAUACUGAACUCCUCACCUUCCAGUCUUCACCUCUCAAGUCUUGGGGGGGGGGGUCACAGGUGUAAACUAUCACACUGGCUAAAGUUUACUUCUUAAAAGCAAAGCAGAACUUACUACUUGUUAUCUAGAAAUGAUUUUCUGAAUGACUUUUGGGAGAGAAUCAAAACCAAGUUAAGAGGACAACUGUGUUGGUGCAUGCCUACAAUCCCAUCACUUGGGAGGCUGGGCCAGAGGAUCUAGGUGUUCAAGGUGAGCCUGGGAUAGAUAGCAAGCCUGUCUCAAAAACCAAACCAAACCAAACCAAACCAAAAAACCACUACCACCCCCUCCCUCUCAAAAAGGAUAAGGAGUCAGAGGACUGGUCAAACACAGACUACUUUACUGAUCUGUAGGGGCCCAAAGGAACUGGAGGUCAACUAGGAUUCCUUCUAGACAUACAGGAGGAAAAGGCUCAUAAUGAUGAGUUCCAUCUCACCAUUGAACAGUCCAUGGUUUGGGAGCCUAUCUUACUUAUCAUCUUUGGUUAAGGUAAUGCCGACCACAGCAAGGCUGUACUCUGUGGCACCCUCUCUGCUGUUCUUGGGUUUGCACAAGCCUGCCUAAUACACCAGAAGAUAGAUCUGUAAAAUUAGAAGUGAAGAUAAGGUCUCCAAUAGAUAACAGCCGAAGAGGCUUGCUUCUUUCUUUCCUUUGUAUGUGUGUGUACUAUGCAUGUAUAUGCCAGGGAACAAUCUCCUCAGUCCUCAGGGGCUUCCUUUUCAUCCCCAAGAUUCCUGGGGAACCUGGGACCUUGAGAUAAAGCAGAGCAACACAGGGAGGCAGUACUUGUGAGAAACCAUCUAUUCCACUGAAAAUUUCAUUGAUAUGAGCCGGUUAUGAGUCUGCUUUUUCUGGCUAGUUAGGCUUCAGAACAGGUCUAAGCCAUCCUUCAGGUUUUCACACAAGAAUAAGAAAACAACUGCUGCCAAUACAAUAUGCAAACAUUAGCAUAUACCCGAGGAGCAGUGUUUCAGAUCGUUAGAUUAUCUGCCAAAGUCUGCUUCUUGGUAAAUAAUGGUUACUGUUGUUAUACUUUAACUAGUCAUACAUGUCUCGGCUUGCUCCUCAAAGAGAACACUCGGUCUCUCAGGAAUAAAAACUUGCUUUAUUUGGCACACAACAGUGAGGAGGUCUUGCAACAUUUGCCAGAGGCAGUCAAACAGAGCAAGUAGUUCAGGCAAGCAAUCACAAAAUUUGAGCACCAACCAAACCAGAGCUAAUCUUCCAGUUCCUGUAGAUUAGGAGAGCUAUUUGACGCACCCCUUUCUGCUUGUUGGCUUUCGCUGCCCUUUAUUUAUGUAUUGGAAGAACAAGUACGUCUGUGGAAUCUCUAUGCCUUGACAGUUUAAUUAUUGAUAGUUUACUUUGGGCAAGUAUCGACCAUUCCUUUGUGAAAUAAGCUAGGCUCUUAGAUUAAAAAACAACAAAACUCCUUUCCCACAGCGUGGCAGCACUUCCUCCUGGUAACAAGGUUCACUGGACACAUCUCGGGCCGGCUGCUGCUUUGUCUGAAUAUUUAACUAUUGUUCAACCAUAAUGCACGGGUGAGAUGUGAAUUAGGGAACAAGCCAGGUCCUUCGAUGGCCGCGAGAAGUCUGCGGGGGUCCACCUCAUUUCUUGCUGCAGCUCUUCGGGCUGAGUGUCCCCAGUCCGAACACCUCACCGGUUCGGCCCACUCCCCGCCGCCUCGCCUUCCCCAGCGUCCCACUCAGGACGCCAGGUCACGGUCCCCCACCCGGCAGCGCGCACCAACACGCGCGCAGCCUCACCUGCCGCUGCCCGGGAAGCUCCGCCCCGCGCCGCCCCGCCCUCCCGCUCCAGCAAUGGCGCCGCCGGAAGCCUGCCCGCGACUUCCGCACUCCCGCCCCGCCCCUCCCCGCCUGUGGGCGGGACCCGAGCGGAGCGGCUUCCGCCUUCCUCCUUCCUGCCUGGCGCUCAUCCACUGUGUAGAGUUAAAAACCUCUCCAAAGUAUAUGGUCAAAAGCAACAGUCAUCUGAAUUGUGACUGGCUCACUGAUAGUCCGAGGAAAAAUUAGAUAUCACUACUCCAGCAUAAG